AUGGAAAACAGGAACAAUGUAACUGAGUUUGUCCUCCUGGGGCUUUCCCAGAAUCCUGAGGUACAAAAAAUUCUAUUUUUUGUAUUCUUAAUUAUCUACAUUUUAACUAUGGUGGGCAAUAACCUGAUUAUUAUAACAGUUAUUGGAAGUAAGAGCUUGAAUUCCCCUAUGUACUUCUUUCUUGCCUUCUUGUCUUUUAUGGAUUUCACCUAUUCCACUGUCAUUGUCCCUAAAAUGACUUUAGACAUGCUUAAUGAAAAGGCAACCAUUUCUUUCCAAGCUUGCAUGGUCCAGCUCUUCUUGGAACAUCUAUUUGGUGGGGCUGAAGUUUUCCUCCUCAUUUUUAUGGCCUAUGAUCGCUAUGUAGCCAUCUGUAAACCCUUGUAUUACUUAGUCAUUAUGAGAUGGCAUGUGUGUGUUCUGCUGUUGGUAGUAUCUUGGAUUGGAGGUCUCAUGCAUUCAUUAGUUCAGCUCCUUUUUAUUAUUAGGCUCCCAUUUUGUGGGCCCAAUAUAAUUGAUCACUUCAUUUGUGACAUGUAUCCUUUAUUGGAACUUUCCUGUACAGAUACUUAUAUAACUGGCAUCUCAGUAGUUGCCAAUGGAGGAGCAAUAUGUACAAUUAUCUUUUUAUUGUUGCUUAUCUCUUAUGGGGUUAUUCUACAUUAUUUAAAGGCUCAAAGUCUGGAAGGUCGACAAAAAGCCCUUUCUACUUGCAUCUCCCACAUCACGGUUGUUGUCUGCUUCUUUGUUCCUUGUAUUUUCAUGUAUGUUAGACCUGUUUGUACCUUCCCCAUUGAUAAAUCUCUAACUGUAUUUUAUACUAUCAUCACUCCUAUGCUGAAUCCUCUAAUCUAUACCCUAAGAAAUACAGAGAUGAAAAAUGCCAUGAAGAAGCUUUGGAAAAGAAAAGUUUUGUUCAGCAACAAGGUAUUGGUUGGUCUAGUUAACCAAUGA